AUGAACGCCGACAGCAGCAGCUCCGAGUUGGGGAAACCUGCAAAAGGUCGCAUUGCAGAAGAAGAAGAAGAAGAAAAUGACAGGUUAAUCUCUCUUCCGGACGUCGUUCUUCAUCGCAUUCUCUCCUUGCUCGACACCAAAUCCGUCGUUCAAACCUCCGUCCUGUCCCGAUCGUGGAGGAAAACCUGGAAAGAUGUUUCGGUGCUCAAAUUUCGCAGCGAUUCCUUCAAGCAGUACUCGAGCUUCCAGACCUACGUGGACAAGGUGCUGACCCUCCGCCAUCCCGUCGGUCUCAGCGUGGUAGAGUACCUCGACCAUGAUGAUUCGGAGGAUCGAGAUGGGGAUCUGUUCGUCAAGGUCAUCGAUUAUGCACGGACCCAUGAUGCUCAAGAGCUAGCUAUUGACCUGUUCAAUCCUGGCGCAAUCCAAACCUGUUGCGUGUUUUCCCUUUUGUUUGACACGGUGGUGCCGGAUUGCAAGCUCAAGAAUCUGUCACUCGAAUGUGUCGUCAUCAACACCGAGCUCGCGUCUGCUGGGUUCCGAAUGCUGAAAGAGUUAUAUAUGAACACCUGCUUGAUCGCCACGGGUGAGAGUGGGGACUUCGAUCCCUUCUCUGGCCUCCCAUGUCUAAAGUAUUUGUUCAUUAUUCAGUGUGUGUUCAUCUGUUUUCCCGAGGAUGAUGAUGACUCCAGCAGGCAGCAGUUUCACGAUCUCUGCACCCCAGUUGAAUACCCUGAAUAUGGAGGUUGCUGUCUCUGCCAAGAUCAACAUAUGUGCACCAAAGCUCCAGUUCUUCAACCUCCGUCACGACUUGGGAUCCUUGAACUUGUCCAGCUUAAGCAUACCAUCCCUUGA